AUGGCGGCAAACUUCCCAACUUCCGCUCUAGAAUACGAACUUUACGAGCGGAUUAAAUGCGAAGUUUUGGAAGAUCUAAGAGACUGGCUUGUACCAAAGCUAAGAGCGGACAAAAUAAUCACUUACCUGAGGUCAAAACGUGUGUUUGAUAUGGAUGACCAAGAGCUUAUUAACGCGGAAAAAACAACAAGAAGGAGCAACAACAUGUUGUUAGAUCUUGUUAUUGCUAGAGGAUCUACAGCUUUUGAUCAGUUUUGUCAUGCUAUCAGAGAGAAUUGCACCGGUCAAGCUCAUGUCCUGGAAAAAAUCCUCAUUGAAUUUGAGAGAAGGAAACAAGAACAAAGUAAGCCGUAAACAAUACUUAAAUACGACACAGCACAACAACAGCCUUGCUUCAGCUGAAGCAGCUGUUGUGAGCCGAAGUAGUAAUCCGAGUUGUCAGAUGGCUUACAACCGCGUCAAUAUCAAGAAUUGGAGUUAUAAGCGGUGUCGUAAGCUAAAUGGAAGUCACAAAAAUUAGAAUGCUUCACAUUUCUUGCGACUUCACCUAAAAGUCUGUCGCUUUUUGAAAAUAAGAUUGCGUGUGGCAAAAGUUUUUAGUUAUUGUGAUUGGUUUACUCUUUGUUCUAGGUCAUGAGUGAUGGGGUGACAAGCUGAAAUAUAAUUUUUUUUUCCAGUCAAAUAUUUUUCUCUGCACAUCAGGUUAAUUGGAGAUUGCUCUCCAACCACCACCUCCGCCCUGCCCCCCCUUUUCCCAACUUAAGUUGCUGCAAUCAUGAGGGAAAGCUGUUUUAAAAGGAAGUUCUAAAUCUGACAGAGGGGAUCCAUAUCUGUUAGUCCACUCAGAUUGGGACACACUUAACUAGCAAGUUGGGCCCAGGGAUGUUCAUCUGCCACUGGGUACUUGCUCCCAGGCUGCUAUGUCAGCAUUUCCUAGGGUCAAGAUAUUUGGACUGCUGAUCAUAACCAUCUUUCAACAUACCAGGCCCUGGUUAUUAGUUACAGUGUUUUACUUUUAAUUACAGAAACUUGCUUGGACUCAUACAAGAUAUCUUUUUCUAUUUAUUCAUGCAAUUUAGUAAUAAAAAUCAAUUUCCAUUCUACAGUUCCCAAAGAUUCACCUCCUUCCAACUUUAACAGCGUUUCUAAUCCUUCGGAAGACCCAAAGCUUCUUGUGGUAACUGGGAUACCUGGCACAGAUGAAGUGGAUCUAAAUAAUUUGCCAGGACCCGGGGACCCUGGUGCACCAGUGCCACCUGAUGAGAUUGACAAUAAUCCAGCUCAAGGUAGUUACAUCAGACAAGCCUACAUUGCCUAUGAAUUUUCCAGUUGACACGCACUUUUAGUAACGUGCUAUGUGAUUGGCUGGUUUGUUUGAUAGGGUUGCUUGGGUUGUAAGCCAUCUGAUUGGCUUAUACAGUAUUUCACCAUGAGGUUGUAACAUAAACCAGCCACUCAUUCCUCUCAUUUCGACAAGCUCGAUUGUCUUCAUCUUUCUCAUUUUGCUUAUCCAGGGUUAUUCUCUCUGCACUUGUUCAUUGUCUCUUGUGCCAAGAGGUUAGCUAGUGUUUUCUAUUACUCUUCUUGUAUUCAUUCUCCUUGUCCAAUCCAUUUCGCUUUGCAAGUGCCAUUUUCUUGACUGUCAUUUGGUGUUUCUAUUCAUUUCACUUUGUUUGUCAAAAGUGUUGGUAAUGUUUUUUUGUUCGUUGUCUGUUCAUUAUCUUAUUUGUUCCAUUGCACUCGUGCCAAAGGUAGUUCUCAUUUCUGUUUUAUGUCCAUUUUGUUUCAUUUGUCGCUGCUAAAUUCUAUCCUUCUUUGUGUGUAAGCCACGUGCGUCAACCUGCUUUCAUCCAAGAGCACGAGAUCAGGUUUUGGUGAAUGUCUGCAGUGCGGACAUUCUUACUUUAAUCGCAGGAAGCCUCCAAAUUGCGAGAAAUGUGGUUAUCUUCUUGAAGGAACAAACGGGUCGGCCCCCAAGAAACCAAAGUGGAACUGUCCAAGCACUGUUUUUUCCUUUGUGGGUUCGUCUCACUUUCUUGUAAGACGAGCACAAAGGACGAUCGUUGUUUUGUCGUAAAGGAAGGAGACAGCGUGUUUUACUUGCAACAGCAGUGCAUAGACAUGCAAGCGACAUUUGUAUCGUCUGGAUGUACAGCAAACUCCUCCUGCAAACAUGCUGACCUUUGCUCGGAUGCCGCUUCUCCCUUUCAGACGUUCCAUUUGUCUGCCGCAAAAAUUGAGAGCUACAAUGGAGACAGCGCCCCUAAAGAAUCACUGUCUGUAGUAAUUUCAUUCGCUGCUUUUUUGCAAUGUGCUUAAUUGUUUCUUGUAAUUACAUGAGGCUAAGAAAGUUACCCACAACCCCACAACCCCACAGCCCCCCCAACCCCCAACCCCACAGCCCCACAACCCCAAACCCCCAUAACCCCUACCCCCCAAAACCCCAAUAGCCCCCACAACCCCCACAACCCCCAACCCCCAACCCCAAGCCCCAUAACCCCCACAACCCUCAAAACCCCAAUAGCCCCCACAACCCCCACAACCCCUACAACCCCCACAACCCCAAGCCCCAUAACCCCCACAACCCUCAAAACCCCAAUAGCCCCCACAACCCCCACAACCCCUACAACCCCCACAACCCCAAACCCCCAAACCCCAAAGCCCCCCCACAACCCCCACAACCCCAAAACCCCACAAUCAAAACCCCCCAACCCCCACAACAACCCCCACACAAGCCCCCCUACAAACCCUCAAAACCCCAAUAGCCCCACAACCCCACAACCCCCACAACCCCAAGCCCCAUAACCCCCACAACCCUCAAAACCCCAAUAGCCCCCACAACCCCUACAACCCCCACAACCCCAAGCCCCAUAACCCCCACAACCCUCAAAACCCCAAUAGCCCUCACAACCCCACAACCCCUACAACCCCCACAACCCCAAGCCCCAUAACCCCACAACCCUCAAAACCCCAAUAGCCCCCUAUAACCCCACAACCCCCAUAACAACCCCACAACCCUACAACCCCCACAACCCCUACAAGCCCCACAACCCCCACAACCCUCACAACCCCAAUAGCCCCCACAACCCCCACAACCCCUACAACCCCCACAACCCCAAGCCCCAUAACCCCACAACAAAAAACCCCAACCCCCCCCACAACCCCACACAACCCCAACAGCCCCCCACAACCCCCCCCAUAACCCCCACAACCCCCCCAAACCCCCCCCACAACCCCCACAACCCCAAACCCCAUAACAACCCCCAACCCUACAACCCCCCCCACAACCCCCCAUAACCCCACAACAAAACCCCCCCCACAACCCCCACAACCCCACAACCCCAAGCCCCAUAACCCCCAACAACCCCUCAAACCCCACAACCCCACAACCCCCCCAACAAGCCCCAUAACCCUACAACCCUCAAAACCCCAAGCCCCAUACAACCCCCCCACAACCCCAAUAACAUAACCCCCACAACCCCAAAACCCCAAAACCCCAAAACCCCAAAACCCCAAAACCCCAAAACCCCAAAACCCCAAAACCCCAAAACCCCAAAACCCCAAUAACAACCCCCACAACCCCAAACCCCCAUAACCCCCACAACCCUCAAACCCCAAUAACCCCCACAACCCCCCCCCCACAACCCCCUACAACCCCACAACCCCCACAACCCCAAGCCCCAAACCCCCAUAACCCCCACAACCCCCAAAACCCCACAACCCCCAACAACCCCAUAACCCCCACAACCCCCAAAACAACCCCAACCCCCCCACAAAACCCCCACAACCCCCACAACCCCAAAACCCCAAUAGCCCCCAACAACCCCACAACCCCUACAACCCCCAACACAACCCCAAGCCCCAUAACCCCACAACCCCCAAACCCCAAAGCCCCACCCAACCCCACAACCCCAAGCCCCAUAACCCCCACAACCCUCAAAACCCCCAAAGCCCCCACAACCCCCACAACCCCCACAACCCCAAGCCCCAGAAUUAUAAUUUUAAAUAACCCCACAACCCUCAAAAACCCCAAUACCCUCAAAACCCCCCCCACAACCCACAAAAACCCCUACAAACCCCACAACCCCAAGCCCCAUAACCCCCAACCCUCAAAACCCCAAUAGCCCCCACAACAACCCCUACAACCCCCACAACUGGUCAGAAUUUUUUUGUAGCCUAAGCCCCAUAACCCCACAACCCCAACAACCCCCACAACCCCAAGCCCCAUAACCCCCCACAACCCUCAAAACCCCAAUAGCCCCCACAACCCCCAACCCCCACAACCCCCCCCCACAACCCCAAGCCCCAUAACCCCCACAACCCUCAAAACCCCAAUAACCCCACAACCCCAAACCCCAACCCCACACCCCCCCACAAACCCCACAACCCCCACAACCCCACAACCCCAAGCCCCAUAACCCCACAACCCCAAAACCCCAAUAACCCCCACAACCCCACAACCCCUACAACCCCCACAAACCCCCAUAGCCCCCACAACCCCCCCCAAAACCCCAAAUAACCCCCACAACCCCCACCCAACCCCAUAACCCCACAACCCCAAAACCCCCCCAAACCCCACAACCCCAAGCCCCAUAACCCCACAACCCUCAAAACCCCAAUAGCCCCCACAACCCCCCACAGCCCCAUACAACCCCCACAACCCCAAACCCCAAUAGCCCCACAACCCCACAACCCCAAACCCCCACAACCCCACAACCCCAAUAGCCCCCAACCCCACAACCCCAAGCCCCAUAACCCCACAACCCUCAAAACCCCCCCAUAACCCCCACAACCCCAAGCCCCACAACCCCACAACCCAAAAGCCCCAUAACCCCCCUCAAAACCCCAAUAGCCCCCACUACAACCCCCCAAACCCCAAGCCCCACAACCCCAAAACCCCAAUAACCCCCACACAGCCCCCUACAAGCCCCAUAACCCCACAACCCCAAAACCCCAAUAACCCCCCCACAACCCCACAACCCCAAGCCCCAUAACCCCCA